CGCUCCGCAGCGCUGCGCUUCCGGGUUCCCAGCCGGAGCCUUGGGGCCGCGGAGCAGGUGUCAUGUAAUCAGAGUUAGGUGGCAGCAGGAGUUGAAAUGCAUUCCAGUCACACAACUGAAAAUGGACCUGACCCCAAGGUAGUAAUACAGUUGAUCAAGAAGCAGUUGGUGAGUUCCAUCAAGGGAUUGCAGAAACAGUAUGUAACCUCCGAUGCCGUUGUAACCAGUGACACUGACGAUGCUAAUGCCCUGUGCUGUGCAUUAGAGGCUGUGUUUGUGCAUGGACUGAAGGCGAAGUACAUAAAAACAGAGGCUGGAGGAAAAGGGAAAAAAACAUGUGGCCGUGUACCUCUUCCCCAGCCCGUCUUCUGGGGCUUGCUGAAAACCAUCACGCACAGAAACAUCAUUUUAGAGCUGGAACAGUUAAAUUUUAUCAGCACUGACGUGGGGCGCUGCCGUGCCUGGUUAAGGCUUGCCUUGAAUGAUGGCCUCAUGGAGUGUUAUUUGAAGUUACUGCUACAAGAGAAGUCCAGGCUGCCUGAUUCUGAAUCCCAAAGAAAGGAGUCCCUGGGUUUGGUCUCACGUUCUUCGGGAUCUGAUGAUAUUGAAGUUCAACCCAGCAUAUUGCCCCUCAGUAAAAAUGAGGACCAAAGUAAACUUACAUGCUCCACGCUAAGCCUUAACACUACGAGUUCAUCCCAGCUGUCCUCCAGCCUGGGCUCUGAUGGCCUCCUGCAGGCCAACUGCACUAGAAGUCCUGAUAGGUGUGAGGAACCGCUGUCGUAUGACUCUGAUUUAGGGGCAGCAAACGCAGAGGAUUUAGACAGAUCUCUGCAAGAGGUAUUGUCUGAAUUCAGCAAAGUACAGCAAGUCUCUGAACCUACAGAAGAACCGCACCUUCCUAAUCUAUUGGCGCCUGCCCCAUUGCAGCCCGCACUUCCUCCUGCUGUCUCCAGAGCCUCUCACCUGCAUUUAAAUGUAACAGCGGAGAGCACUCUUUGUUCUGCACCGCUUCCUGACACAGAUAACCCACAGUCCAUCUGUGUGGACGAUCUAGCUAAAGCCAGAAAGAUAUCAGAUCCUCCUUCACAUGUUACAGGAAUCCAGUUGUUGUCUCAGCCAAUCAUAACACACAGUGGUGCAGCAGACAAAGAUUCAUCCCAACAGCUUUACAUUAUUAACCCAGAAGAUAAAGAUGGAACCAGUAAGAUAAAUGGUCAUAAGGAAAGCCAAGAGGAUCUCAGCCCAGUGACAGAAUUCUUUCUUUCACCAGCAACAGCUUGUCCAAAAAGAAGGAGCUGGAUAUCAGAAGACGAUUUCUACAGGCCUUCUCCAGAAGGGAGCAGUAAAGGCCUAACUGAUUCUUAUGGGUCCUCUCUUGAGGGGGCCAGAGAAGGCCGGUCCACAGAACUGAUCAGUGCACUCGAUUUGGAGGGACCCUUCUUAUCCUCUUCAAAGACUGGGAAGCCCAAGCCAUCCCCUGACCAGGAACAAAAGGGCUUCCAUGUUGUUCAUCGCAGGCAGAUCGGUCUUUCCAAUCCGUUCCGAGGCCUCCUGAAGCUGGGCAGUCUGGAGAGGAGGGGAGCAAUGGGCCUCUGGAAAGAGUUCUUCUGUGAGUUAUCCCCACUGGAGUUCCGCCUCUUCCUGGACCACGAAGAGCGGAUUUACAGUGAGAAUUACUCUCUGCUGCGAUGCGAGUCGCUGGGGCUGGUUCACAGUGAUGGCCGGUUUGAGCUGGUGUUCUCUGGUAAGAAACUGUGCUUACGAGCUCCUUCCCGAGAUGAAGCUGAGGACUGGCUAGACAGGAUACAUGAGGCUCUACACAAGUGUCGGCCUCAGCAAGAGGAGGAAUGGGAGACGCUUGACUGUCCAGAAGACGACCUUGAAGGACACACAGUUGGAGUGUUGCUCAGUGACUCAGCUGCUUUGCUCCAGUACAACACCACAGCUGGAAAUGCCUAUGAUUGGACGUCUUCUCUUGCACCAGAAUUAGAUGCCAUUAAAGAAUCGGUUCUUUAUAUGGAUGUAGAUAAAGCUUGGGCUCCUUUUAUUUUUUCCUUGUCGUUAGAAGCUCUAAAAUGCUUUAAAGUAAAAAACCAUGAAAAAAUAUUAAGCAACAGCUAUGGAAUAGAGACAAUCCAAGACAUUCUUCCCGACACAAGUCUUGGUGGGCCUGCGUUUUUCAAGGUGAUAACCUCUAAAGCCAUCUUGAAGCUGCAAGCUGAGAAUGCUGAUGCUGCCGCAGCAUGGAGGGGGCUUGUUCGUAGAGUAUUAACCUCAUAUCUCGAAACUGCAGAGGAAGCGCUGACACUUGGUGGCAAUUUGGAUGGGAAUUCUCAGGCAAUCUUGAAAAACACUGUAAAGGAAAAUGGCCUUUUCUUACAAUAUCUGGUGGCCAUCCCCAUGGAGAAAGGACUGGACUCCCAGAGCUUCAUAUGUGCAGGUUGCUCCAGACAGAUCGGACUCAAUUUUGUGAAACCCAAACUUUGUGCAUUCUCUGGCCUCUAUUACUGUGACAGCUGCCAUCAGGACGACGAGUCUGUGAUUCCAUCGCGCCUUAUCCACAACUGGGACUUGACUAAAAGAGUAGUUUGUCGACAAGCUUUAAAAUUUCUGAAUCAAAUCCGCAAUCAACCUUUAAUUAAUCUGAAAUUGGUGAAUGAAAGCCUGUAUGCUCACGUGGAGAGGAUGAGUCGAAUCUGUAGAAGCAGAGAACAGCUGAAACUACUUGGCGAUUACCUUAUAAUGUGUCGCAGUGGGGCCCUGAAGGAGCUUAGCAAACGACUUGAUCAUCGGGACUAUCUAUUGGAAUCGCCCCAUAAAUACAGUGUAACUGAUCUGAGACAGAUAGCUGAUGGCAUAUUUGAAGUGUACCUGCAAUCUCUGAUCCAGUUUGCUUCCCACCACGUCUAUAACUGUGACCUCUGUACCCAGCGGGGCUUUAUCUGUCAGAUUUGUAACCACAGCAGCAUCAUUUUCCCCUUUGAGUUCGACACAACCACCCGAUGCAGAGAUUGCAAAACUGUCUUCCACAGGUGCUGCCAAGACAGCAUGAAAUCUUGCCCCCGCUGUGAACGCCGGCAGAAAUACCAGCAACAAUUGCAAGCGGACGUCCUCGUGAAACCAAAUAUGUAGUGAGCAGCUUCUCACAGAUGGACUCUACACAGGGCUUUGCUCAUCUGCAAACUCGUGACCUGGAC